AUGUCAUCCAUGUCAGACACGUCCUCCAGCGUCAUCAAAGUGGAAAAAUGUGAAUUCCAUAGCUCCACCAUCUCCUUCCUUGGGUACAUCAUAGCUGCAGGCAACAUACAGAUGGAUCCUGAAAAGGUGAGAGAGGUGGUGGAUUGGCCUCAACCCACCUCCAGAGUGCAGCUGCAAUGCUUACUGGGGUUUACCAAUUUCUACCGCCGGUUCAUCCGGGGCUACAGCAUCCGGGCUUCCACCCUGUCAGCGCUCACCUCUCCCAAGGUCCCAUUUACAUCUCCAGCUGCAGACCAGGCGUUCUUGGACCUCAAGCACCAAUUCACUACCGCCCCCAUCCUAAUUCAUCCGGAUCCGUCCAGGCAGUUCGUGGUGGAGGUCGACGUCGGAGUGGGGGCUGUUCUGUCCCAGCAUUCGGCCUAA